UGGAGACCGUGAGGGAGAGGGAAAGUCUGUUAUUCAGAGCAAGCUACCACCUCUUCCCUAUAGGUUUCUCUACACACUCCAGGACUGGAGAACAGCAGUAGUCACACACAAGGAACGAGCAAGAUUGACAAAGUCAGGAUUGCUUGUUGUGUUGAUUUUGCCAACCUGGAUGCGAGAAGUGGACUGUUUUGACUGAGGCUAGCAUUGAGCCUUACCUUAUCUUGACAGGAAUGAACUUUCCUAAGAGGACACUUUGACAGUACUACUUACUUGGGCGGCCAAAUGAACUGUUCGGCCUGAGGAGCGAAGGGCACGGGCGUAGAUCCAGAGAGACAGAGAGAGAGGGUAGCUCAAUCAUUCAGCAAACCUCUCCACUUCCAUCAUGAGCUGGGACUGAAUAGUUACCACUACAGCUUCAUUUUAUGGUGUAAGCAAAGGCUACUGGACAUAUCGUCAGCAUGGACGCAAAGAGGAAAGAGAUGGACCUCCUGAGCAACAGCAUAGCUGCAUAUGCACACAUCAAAGAGAACCCAGAGAGCUUUGGGCUGUACUUUGUGAUUGGGGUUUGUUUUGGCCUGGUCCUCACCCUCUGCCUCCUGGUCAUCCGGAUCUCUUGUAAGCCCCGCACCAACAUCCCGGCCUCCACGCCCGAGAAGAAACACCUGAAGGACUUCAGUGAGGACGAAUGUGAUGAAGAUAGCGAGGAUGAGGAUGAGGAAGAGGAGGGUGACGUUGAAGCACCUGCCCCCAUGCCCACCACAGAGAUUCCCAUUGGCAACCACCACAACCACAGCCAAUCGGACGGGACACUGAGCGUUAACGUGUUCACGUCGGCCGAGGAGCUAGAGCGGGCACAGCGAUUGGAGGAGAGGGAGCGAAUCAUACGGGAGAUCUGGAGGAAUGGGCAGCCUGAUAUCCUGGGUUCAGGAACAGGCACUAUAGGUCGGGUGCACUACUACUAACGUCCAGUACUACUGGGCCACUGAAUGGACAUACUAUAUAGAACUAUGGUGCUAUGGAAUCAGGGGGUACACUGUGGUCCACACUCCGCCAAAGA